AUGAAAAUAAUUCAGAGGUAUCGUCGUGCGAUUCUGGCACCUGUAUCGAUCGUGAUAUUAUUAUGCGGUUGUACCGAUCUCGUGUCAUCUCGAUCGCCACGUUUUGCCGAACAUCCAAAAAAUGAUACCGACUUCGUGUCCGUUGACUGUGAACGUGUCAAGCCGUUUUUCGAGAGCAAGAAUAUCACGAUCUUGGUUGAUAGGAAGCAAGCUACAGCAGAAGACAUCGCAAAAACAACUUGUAACGGCAUGUGCUGCAACCGGGACACCGAAGAACAGUUAAGACAUCAAGCCAGGGCAGAUUUUCACGACUUGAUCCAUCAUCAUAGCAGAAGUUUGCAAGGCCUUUUGGCGACGACCGCGGAUGCGUUAAGGGAAACGGUGACGAUGCUCGCGAGACAGUCGGAGAACAAAACUUUAACCCUGUUCGACCAAGUGUAUCGGACGAUGGCGGUGUCGAGCAGGCCCUCGAUAAAAGCUCUGUAUCAGGCGAUGGUCGAUUACGUGUCACCGAGCAACACGCCGGACAGUUUGCAGCAGCCGCUGACAAGGGACAUGCUUCAAGAAAGGUUCAUCGAGUUCUUCGCCAAAUUGUUCCCGAUCGCGUAUCACGGUGCUGUGAACCCUCGCCAAUACGAGCAAGAUUUCACGGAGAAAUUUAAGACGUGCCUGUACGAGACGAUGGAACAGAUCCAGCCGUUCGGCGACAUACCGAUCCAGGUCUCGAAAUCGGUGAGCAAAAGCCUGGAGGCGACCCGGGUCCUGGUCCAGGCGUUGACUCUCGGCAAAACGGUGCUGGACAGGACCGACAGCGUGCUGUUUUCCGGCACAAGCCCCCAGCAGGAGGCCUGCUACGCCGCACUGCUCAGGAUGACCUAUUGUCCAAGGUGCAAGGGCAUCGGUCCCUCCGUCAGGCCCUGCAGUGGAUUCUGCACCAAUGUCAUGAGAGGUUGCCUGACGCAGCCAGCAUCCGAGCUGGACCUGGCUUGGUCCGGGUACGUGGAAACAGUGGAGAGGCUCGUAGUGGCGGUCGACGGUCGUAACGAUCCGUUGGGCCUGAAUGCCGAGAGGGCUGUCAGACAAUUGGACACCCGCAUUUCGGACGCCAUUAUGCACGCAAUGACGGACGGACCGGCGCUCGAGGAAAAGGUGAGGAAGGUGUGCGGCCGCUCGGAGCUGGAGCCGUCGUCGUCGAGCGAGAGGAGCGUCGCGGAUGCAGCCGGGAAGUCGUCGUCGUCGAUCGAGACGCACGCAGCUGCCGCUGCGCCCAGCCGGACCUUGCCGUCCCAGUUGCACGUGCAGCUCGGCAACUUCCUGGCCAGCGUGGUCAGGUCUCGCACCUUCUACGGCACCCUGGCCGACACGAUCUGCGAGGAGUAUCCGGACAAACGGUGCUGGAACGGCGAACGAGUCGGGGAAUACACGAAGACAGUGGCGGACUCGAGUUUGACGGCGCAGAGGUACAACCCGGAGUUCACCGUGACGACGAUGUCGCCGACGACGGCUUCCUACGGCAACGCGAACACCAGCGUGCUCAUUGAUCAAUUGAGGCACAUUAAUCAGAUAUUGCAGUCUCAGUUGGCGUCUGCGCCCGACAGCGGAACGUUGCUCGGUGACGAGGCUUUGGAUGGUUCUGGUAGCGGCGAUCGGCCUAUAUGGAAUAAGAAAAACAAAGACGAGGACAUCGAUAACGACGACGAGGACGUGCGCGGUUAUGACCACGACGACGAGGAGGCGUCUGGAUCCGGAAUGGGACCCACCACACCUGAUCCGAUGCUGAAGACAAAUCACGAGAAUCCAGCGACGGCCGGCGCUGGAUCGAGCAUCAUCCUGCUUUCGUCCAUCGUUUCGAUGGCGAUUAUUGGCUGUUGUGCACCGUUGUUGAUCGCUUAAGUUGCGGAGCGUGGAUGUGGAAAGAAGGGAACGAUUCGUUUCUCGAUUCGUAGCCGCGAUCUAGGAUAACACGUAGAGAAAGAGAGAGAGAGAGAAAGAGAGAGAGAAAGAGAGAGAGAGAGCGAUUUUUGGUGCCCGCGUCGGGGAAUAGGAUGAUCCUACUCGACACGAGGGAUGGAUCGAUCCGAUUCCGAAAUCUUACGAAAUCUGCUUUAUAGUUUAUAUAUAUAUAUAUAUCGUGCCGCCUGACCGGGACAAAGCGAGCUGCAAGCAAAAUUGUCCGGGAACUAUAUAACGGGGGAUUAAUCUGUUUCGUUGUUCGUGACUCGAAGAAUCGAAUGCGUGCCGAUCGAUCGAUCGAUCGAUCGAUAUGUACGAUCGAUCGAGCGAACGAGCGAACGAAUCAAGACUGUGUUUUUUUAUUCCAAGUUUGAGAGGGAGAGAGAGAAAGAGAGAGAAAGAGAGAGAGAGUGAGAGUGAGAAAGAAAGAGAGAAAGAGAGAGAGAGAGAGAGUGAUCCAUUUUUGGACGAUCGAGCAUACGACGAAGAUAUUUUUUCCCAGAGGAUCGUUAAACGCAUAGAGAAAAAGGAACCGCUGCUACUUACGUUCUCUUGGUAGCCUAAUGUGGUAUUGAAUAGCCGGAAGCGAAAGUGCACGAUGGAUCGCGUCCUGUGUUCGAACGAUCGAGAAUGAAAAAUUGGGGAGAAGAACUCGAAGGAACAAUGAGGACGUCGCGCGUCUUGUCGCUUGCAAAGUGGAGGAUACGGAAGAAGGGAAGAAUUGUAAUUUAGUUAGUGUAGAGCGAAAAAUUCUGUGUCUGGAGGGAAUUGAAAAAAAUUCGAUCGAGAAUGCCGAUGCGAAAAAUAUACGCGGAGAUUAUUAUAUCCAUAUUCCUGUUUUACGAUAGCCAUUCUCGACGAGAAAAUUAUUAUUAUUAUUAUUAUUAUUAUUAUAAUUAUUAUUAUUAUUAUUAUUAUUAUAAUUAUUAUUAUUAUUAUUAUAAUUAUUAUAAUUAUUAUUAUUAUUAUUAUUAUUAUUACGCUGCGAAAAAGCCGAGCAGCGCUAUUUUGUUUUGUUUCUCGCGGCGAGAAAGAAGUUGACCCGUUUUGUAUACUAAAUUGGAGGGGAUAAUCCACGCACAAGGGACAUUACGGCCUGUGGAAAAUCGGAUUUGAACGGAGAGGAAGGAAAGAUGGAAAAAGAAUAGUAAUUUUACGAUAGACAGAGAGAGAUUAAUUACCUUGUACUUUUUUAUUUAUGCGACAUCAUAGUGAAAAUCAUGUUUAAAAAAAAUUAAAAGCGAAUUGAGCGAAAUACGAGGUAAAUAUAAACAUACGUUUAAUUCGCAUAAUUCUAUGAGAAACAAUUAUACGAGAAAAUUAUAUUCAACAUAGAGAGAGAGAGAGAGAGAGAGAGAGAGUGAAGACACACAGAGACGAGAAUCUGGAAAAAUAUUUCUUUCUCGCCAUAAUAUCGAAAAAUGAUGAAAACUACAAAAACGAUAUUUAUACUAUACUAUACUGCGAAACAGGAUCAAAGAUAUAUCCUUUCCUUUCUGAAAGUACGACGAUUCUAAGAGCAGCAGCAUCAGCAGCAGCAGCAGCAACGAACAGCAAUAAUAAGUAAACGCCGCGAAGAGAUUUCUCGCUUUUAGCGAUUCCAAGUGUAUGGUUUCGCGACGAGCGAAGCCUUAAAAAAAAAAAAAGAAAAAAGAAAAAAAAAACAACCGUGACUUCGAUCCUUGUGCCUCGCGUUUUGCACUGUUCUUCGUCACGCACGAAUUGCCUCUCGUUCGCGGUGACGCUUUUUUUGUCGCCGAUGCCGAUACACGAACUAUAAUGACGGGUUUAAAAUUAUUCUCGUCCAGUGAUAUCGCGUGUGCAUGCCAUAUAAACGAAGCUAACUGCCAAAAUGCCAGUUGCGCGACCAAAGGUGUUUUUCUUCUCGCUUCGAACGAGGUCGCCACUUUACUUUCGGACAUAUAUACGAUCGAAUACUUCUUUCGUUCUCGAUCCAAACAAUCGUUACAUCGUCCAAGGAUAGUUUCCACGCGAAUCUGAAGAAGGAAGAAUUCGCAAGAUGGAUUUUUCUUUUCUUUUCUUUUUUUUUUUUUUUAAUCAUACGCUGUGAACGAUUCGAUCGGACGAAAUUUGUGUAUGCGAGAUUGGAUGGUUCGAGAGAAUCAAGAACUCGUUCUUGGACGUCUAAUCGUUGAAAGGAGAUAUGACGAACGGUGUUUCGAAAUCAAAUUCCUGGGAAACUUUCGGUUUCUCGUAUUCGAUGUAACGUAAAGACGAUCGAUUCGACGGUACUGCUACUCGAGAAAGCGAAGAGGUUAGGUUUGUAGUCGGGAGUUGUAUACGUGCCAUAAUUUUUUAUCGUGUCAUCGUUCGGAUCAUUGACCAACCGUUUUUUUUUUUUCGAAAUUUCAUUCAAUACCUUGUUUGGUAUUUAGAGUGUUUUCAAGUGCCAAAAAAAGAAAAAAAGCAAAAGAAAAAUCGCGUCAACGUUUUAGACGUCUAAGCUUCGAAGCGGAUUUAGAUUUUGGCGGUUUGCUUUUCGAUUAAAAAAAAAAAUACGACUUACGGCGAGCGUCGAGAAAGUAUUCGUGCGUCAAUUAAUUGCAAAGUGAAAUUGUCGAUUAUUUUUAAUAUUUUUACGUUUGUUAAAUUAAAAUUAUCGUAUUUCCCAAAUCGAUAUUCGUCCUUCACCCUUUUUCUUUCGCGUUUAAUAAACGUGCGAUCGGUAGGCGUAUUUCACGCGUGAUUAAUUAUUGCACGAAUUAUUUUUCUAGGCCUGGCUGCCGUGGUAGACUAUAGUGUGUAACAAAGUGUGUAGGAAGAGCAAUGGAGACGGGAAUCUGUCGGUGUAACCUCGUAUGCGUCUCGUAUACGGCCACACUGAUUUUGUACAUUUGAUUUCUCGGAUCUUUGAGGGUUAGUGCCUUUUUCCAAUAUCCCUGGCCGUGACGUCGUGUCAUCAUCUCACGCCCGACAGAAGGAAACAAGAAGAGAGCCAAAUCGUCGAUAUAAAAAAAAAAAAAAAAAAAAAAAAACUGUACAGGGCAUUUCAUUCUGCUGAGAAGAAAAAGCGACCAGUGUGAGCGCGUGUGAGCGACUUUCUUCUUUCCCUCCUUUUUCCUAAUUUUUGUAACGCCUCUCUCUCGUAAAAGAAAUCGAAUUAAACCUCGUGGCGAUCUAUUUUGAAGAGACGACAAACGAAACGACAAACAUUUUUGAAAUUUCUAAUAGAUAUCGAGUAAUUUUGUCCCUUUGGACAAAGUCCAGACUGUAUUUCUAUAUUCUUUUAAACAAGCAGACUUUUGGAAAGUUUUUUUUUCUCUCUUAAUUCUGUAAUAAUUCUUAAUUAAUUAGAAUUAAUUAUAAAAGCGCUAAGAAACUAGUCCAUCAGGGCAAAUAAAAUUAGUUGAUUUUUA